UUAAAUCACUUAAGAUAAAAUUCAUAUUCAUCAUAAGGCGCUAAUUGUUCUCUAUAACUAUUGCACGGCUACGCGAAAUGCCACGCCGUUCUUCAAACGCUAAUUCUGACGAAAGUCCAGUGACCAGACGUACUAGUGCUCGAAUCGCUGCCGCCCAAGCAGCGUCCCCUGCCAAGUCUCCAGUUAAAUCUCCCCGUCGUAAACGUCUGUCCACUGAACCAGCUAAAACGGUCUCUGAUGACACUGAGUCACAACAGUCACAAGUUAAGAGUGAGAGCAGUAUGGAGGAUCUUAAUGGUAUCGAUACUAGCUCCGUAAAGGAUACCGAACCAGCUGAUGAUCAAGUGGAAAUACCUCACAAAAAGACUAAGGUUGAGAAGGAAUCAGGCGAUGAUCAAUUGUGUUCCAAUCACGAGAAAAGUGAAGUUGAGGCAUCCACGGAAUGUGACACGGUUGUAAAUCAAACUCAAGAUUCAAAUGCGACCUCCGCCGACUUUGAAGUUGUUGAGCAUAGUUCAGUCCCACCACCUGACAGUGCCGAGGUCCAAGCAGCCAUCUCAGUUCAAGGUGAAGAUGGCCAGUUGUUGGUUGGAUUUGUGCAAGUGAAUAAAGAAGAUUUACCGGCACCUAAUAGUUUGGAAAUAAAACAGGUUUCGGCUGCUUUGGAGUCACGUAACGAAACAACGACAUGUGAUCCAGGUGUCAUAAGGUCGGAUCCAAUCGUAGAGCCUUGUGUAAACAAUCUGAAUGGUAAUCUCGAGUUCCAAGAGUCUAAAAAAGAUGAACCUUCAAAACCCAACGGCACUGUACUUGUUGAGGCUCAUCACAAAACUCCUGUCCCCAUUGAAGAGCCAGUUAUCCAACCACACGUUGCUCCCGUUACUGGAGAUAUUGUUCUCGAUGCUGUAUCGGAGGCGGUUUCUCAGCAGUAAUUCAUCUUAAUUCCUCGUUUAUCAAAUAUUGGUCACUUCACAAAUAUCAUAAACUGACUGAUUAGUUUUUCGUCGAAAAUACUGUUAAUCUGGCAGCCCGGUUGUUAAGAACUGGUUUUGUUUAAUUGUAUGUUCAUCUAUGGAUACAAAACUUUUAUAAAACUAACGAGUCAGUUAUAUUGACCCUCAUCUACUGAACUCCACACACGUUUCUAUCCAUUCCCCUUAUAGGUCACUGACCCUUCAGUAUAAAGCAAUGUGUCUGAUGAUAUUUAUACACAAGUUUUUUUCCGAUAUUUUGCUUCUUGUCUCAUUCCUUUAUGUAAACGCUUACUUCAUGAAAUUCACAGUGUUGAUAUUCAUCAUAUACUCAUCAUAUACGCUUGCAAGAUUUUCUAUUCUACUCAUCAUUGUAUGUCUCGUUUUUAACCGAUUUCCAUAGUUCCAUGUUUUAUAGUCACUAUGCAAUAGUUAUUUCGUUGCCUGUAUUAUCACACUCCAUUUGCAUUUGGUUGUUCAUAAAAAUUAAAAAUUCAUGUUUAAUACUUGAUCAAUGUAUUUUUAAAACUCGAUAUAUUGUCCCAUUGUUCUGUUAUUGCUUUUAUUUUGCUCACAAAUCUCAACUGUGAUAAGUUGUGUUAAAUACUUAGUUCACCCUAGUUUAUUAAUCGAAC